AUGAAAACACUUUCUCCUUUAACAUACGGAUUAAACACUGAAUUUAAUACAAUGCUUUUCCCUUGUAACAAAUAUAAUUCAAUGUAUUCAUCUGAUGAAUGUAAAUAUUGUAAAACUCCUUGUGGCUCAGGGUGUUGUACAAAAAUAUCAUCAUCAAUGUACCAUAAAGAUGGUAUGAUUGAUCUUUCAGUUGGAAGUGUACGAAGGGCUGGACAUUCAAUGCUUGUAGUUGGAUGGAAUGAUGAAUUUCCUGUAGAAAGAAAUAGAUAUUCAUCUCCUCCAAUAUACACUGCAGCAUGGAAUGCUAUUGACAAUAAAACACAAACUAAACUAACAAAAAAUAAUGUUGAAAUACCAUUAGAUCGAUGGACAAAAGGUGGACUAAUACUAAAGAAUAGUUAUGGAGAGCAUGGUCAUACAUUAGGAUAUUUUCUUCAGAACCAUUCUUUAUUGAAUGAAGAUACAAUUUGUCCAUUAAGUAUUCACCCAAGUAGAUAUUAUCCACUUGAUGUAGAGUGUAUUAAAAGUGGAAAUAGUUUUAUGAAUUGUUCAAAUGAUAAACUACGUAAAGUGAGUGAUGGAAAAAUAUUUUAUGGAGCAACAAUACUUAAAUGUAAGAGUGAAUUAGGUAACGAUUAUGCUAAAAAUCUUGGAUUUGAGGAAUGUGGUACUAAUAAAGAUUAUAGAUACGCACUAUCCAUGGAAUGGUUUAAUGUCACUUUUAAACGUGGAGUAUGCAAAACUAGAGAGAUGGGAGAUGGACUUAUUGUUUAUUUAGCAAGAUGGGUAGAAGGGAAAAUGAAAGAAACGAUCACAGAAGUACAUACUCAAAUUACUUCGUGGGAUUUUAUUGCACAAUUAUUUGAAAUGGAUACUACAGUUAAGAACUCAGAACAUUGUGGGUAUUAUUUCCAACCUUAUGAUACUAUUGAAUACUUAAUUUCAAUGUAUCAACAUGAUGGAUUUGAAUCAUAUGGAUUUUCUUAUUACGGCAUCAAAUGGGAACAAGAGUCAUAUUAUAAAUCCUCGAAAAGAAAAGGACAAUUUACAGAAAUCAAUAAAUCAACAAAAAAGUUUGUUACACCUCAAUUUGAUGGGCCUUUUGGUGGUCGUAUAAAUUAA